CAAUUUCAUACAUCGCAAAUAGUGGCCUCUGAAACUUACACACGGAACCUUUAAGAUCUGUGCAAACAGACUCCAUAUUUCAAUGAUGCCUCUGAAAGUCGAAGCUGAAUGAAGUCCAUAAGACCUGUGUAUGACUCAAAAACCCCUACCGAUGUUUAUGUGGACCUGUUUGUGACCUCCAUCACAGAUGUGAAUGAAAAAGCCCAAAGUAUUUCAACACAGGUGAUAUUUGAAGCUCUUUGGAAUAAUGAAUUCAUAGAGUGGAAACAAGAGGAUUUUUGCCAGACCUCUAAGAUUUCAUUGAAAAAAGAUACGAUUUGGAUUCCAGACAUUGUCAUCGCUGAAAGCAUCAAGACAGAGUUUGCAAAUGUGGAAAAUCCAUACGUGAAGAUGAAUUCUGAUGGUUCGGUGUACAUGUAUGAAACUCUAACUCUGAGCAGCGCUUGUAAGAUGGACUUGAUCAAUUUUCCCUUUGAUGUCCAAACCUGCAAUCUGACCAUUCAUUCUCCAAUGCAUUCAAGUGAUGAGCUUACACUCAAUCCAUGGUCUGAUUCAUUGUUCCUGACAUCCAGCUCCCAGAACGCCUUUCAAACUCAGGGCGAAUGGGAACUGCUCAGUAUAAACACAUCUAUAUCCCAUGUGAGUUCUCUGGGAUACUACGAGGAUCAGCUGAUAUAUAAGAUCACCCUGAAAAGGAGACCUCUACUGUACGUCAUCACCUUCAUAUCACCUGUGUUUUGCUUUCUUGUGUUGGAUUUGGCCUCUUACUUCAUCGAUGCGGGCGGAGGAGAGAAGCUGAGCUUUAAAGUCACUUUGCUGCUGUCCAUGUCUGUGUUGUUGCUCAUUCUUAAUGACAAGCUGCCAUCUACCGCCAAUGAAGUCCCAUGGAUUGGGGUCUAUUGCAGUUUGAUUUUCAUUCUCAUUGGCAUCAGCAUUCUAGAGACCAUCCUUGUGAAUUUUUUAAUGGCUAGAGGAGAGCAGAUUCUGAGAUCACAAGCACCCAUAGAUUCCACAUCUGCUGUCACUGAUGCUGUUAUGAACUCUGAUGAGAACCCAGCGGAGAGAAGAUGUCUGUACUGGACCAGAGCGGCCCGGAUAGUCGAUAUUAUUGCCGUGAUUCUUUACAUUAUCACCAUUAUGGUGUUUCUACCAAUCAUGUAUUAUGCUUGGUUCAUGGCAUCAGUGACAUAACAAGUGUGACAUCAUUCCUAAGAUGGUCAAGGCAUAACUUUUUUGCAUGGUUCAAAAUGAUCAUUUAAAAAAUAUUUUCUUUUUCGCUUAUACACAUAUGCUCUCUUAGGCUCAUCAAUGAACUGACUUUACA